CAUUCCUAAAUCAAAAGCUUCUUUAGUACAAUGUGGAAUUUAAAAGAAAAAACUGCUAAAGUUUUAAAAGUGGUUCUUAGACACCUUAUCUGGAUAUGUCAAGAAAUGUGGUUGGCCGGAGUUUUCCUUCUGGUUUUGACAAUAGUGAGCGGCUUCAGGCGCGAUUCGGUACAAAGCAGGCCUUCACCUCUUCACCGAACUUCAUCCUACAGCCUGCCAUUUGGCUGGGGGAGCCUUCCAUUGCGGAACUCUGUUGAAAAAAUCCCUACAUUAAGAGAAAGAUCUCAAGAGAAUGCUCCUUUGAGGGAAGCUGUAGAGCAUCGUCCUACACCGUACACUCGCGGCCCUUGGUGGCGCUUAGUCCCUGGAACAAGACAGUCCAAUCAGAGUGGUAAAAGGCUAUUUUGCUUCAUUGAAUCCUGGGCUUCGUACCGAAGACCACCAGCGACUUUCACUGCUGAAAACAUAGAUCCUUUCGCAUGCACUCAUAUAAUCUAUGCAUUCGCUACAGUGGACACUCUCACAUCAAAAAUUUCACCACUUGACAAUGAAUAUGACAUUGUUAAAGGUGGAUACAGGUCUAUUGUUGGUCUUAAAAGGAGCAACCCGAACCUCAAAGUCCUUAUCUCAAUAUCAGGAAAACUUUCCAAAAUGACAUCAAAUGCUUCAAACCGAAGAACAUUCAUUUUAUCGACGUUGAAGUUUAUCGCUGAAAAUGGUUUCGACGGAGUGGAUCUUCAUUGGGAAUAUCCUGGUGCUGAAGACCUAGGUGGUAAGAACAAGGAUAAAGACAACCUUUCCAAAUUGAUUGAAGAGCUUUCAGGAGUGCUUGACUCACGUGGCUGGCUUUUGACUGCUUCCGUGUCACCAUCAAGAUUUAGGCUAGAAGAUGGUUACGAUGUGCCGGUAAUUGCGCCAUUUUUGCAUUUCGUUCUAUUAAAGAGUUUUGACUUUCAUCAAGAAAGGGAUGAUGCGGCCAACCAUCCUUCUCCGCUCAUUAUGUCUAAAGAAGAAGAUCCACUAUCUUUGUACUUUAACGUGGAUUAUGCUGUCAAAUACUGGUUGAAGCGAGGGGUACACAGUAGUCAGCUGAUUCUCGGCAUACCAUUUUUUGGUAGAUCUUAUACGCUCGAGAGCGAGAAAAAAUGGUCACCAGGUUCUCCUGUGAAAUCUCCAGGACUUGAAGCCAAAUUCACCCAACAGCCAGGUUUUAUGGCGUAUUAUGAAGUCUGUGUAAGGAAGAAAAACACUAGCUGGAGAAAAUACAGAGAAGGAUCAGGUUCUGCAUACAUGGUCAAUAAAGAUCAAUGGGUCGGUUUUGAGGACAGCUAUAGUAUCACUCAAAAGAUGGAAUACAUGAAAAGAGAAAAACUUGGAGGGGUAAUGGUUUGGUCAUUGGACCUGGAUGACUUUCAGGGCAUAUGCGGACAAAAGUACCCGUUGUUGAACACCGUUAAAAAAGCUCUUGUUCCUGACAUUCCUGCCAUGGUUUCACCUGGAGUUGGAGUGACCGUCCUUGCCUCAGCAAGCAACUGCUCAGGAGAAGGAUAUAUUGGCGAUUUAAAUGAUUGCUCUGUUUAUUAUAGGUGUCAAUGGAAUAUGAAGCACACAUACAUAUGUCCUCACGGUUUGCACUAUGACCCUCAACUGAACUUGUGCAACUGGCCUGUUCUUGUUUCAUGCCCAGUAAGAACUCAAGUUGUUUUGUUGUUGGAAGAUGCAAAGGAAAAACAAUUAUCUGCGCUACCUUAUGCCAGAAAUGAAGAUAGAAGUUCUAGAAUAGUUUGUUACUUCACAAAUUGGUCUUGGUAUAGAAAAGGAGAAGCUAAAUUUUUCCCAGAGCAUGUCGACCCAGAGCUCUGCACUCAUGUAAUUUACGCCUUUGCAUCACUUGACCCGAAUUCGUUGACAGCGGUUCCUUUUGAUCCUUGGGCAGAUGUGGAAAACAACAUGUACAACAGGCUGACAAUGUUAAGGGAAAAAGGAACAGAAGUGAUGCUUGCAAUCGGAGGAUGGACGGAUUCUUCUGGAGAUAAGUAUUCCAAGCUCGUAUCAUCCGGAAACAGCAGAAGGGCUUUUGUAGCUUCUGUCGUAGGACUUUUGAGACAGCACAAGUUUUCAGGGCUUAGCCUCGAGUGGAAUUACCCUGUCUGUUGGCAGUCCAAUUGCACAAAAGGAAAAGAAAGCGAUAAGGCCAAUUUUGCCAAAUUAGUACAAGAACUGAGAAGCGCUUUUGACAAGCAAUCUCCGAAACUUCUGCUGGCAGUGAGCCUCAGUGGUUACCUGGAGAUACUCGAAAAAGGGUACGAUUUACCAACCAUCAGCAAAGCAGUGGACUUUAUGUCAGUGAUGAGUUACGAUUAUCACGGAUCGUGGGAAAACAAAACAGGACAUGUUAGCCCUCUUCGAGGGCAAUCGACUGAUCCUCUUCCAACUUACAACACUGAAUCUGCUGUUAAAUACAUAAUAUCGAAAGGAGGUGACAAAAGCAAGCUGGUCAUUGGCGUCCCUCUCUACGGUCAAACAUUCACUCUGGUAUCACCCAGUAAUCAUGGACUCGGAAGUCCUGCAAAAGGUCCUGGUAAUGCCGGUCCUUCAACAACACAACCAGGAAUGCUUGCAUUCUCUGAAAUUUGCUUCAAAGUAAAAAAGAAUGAAUUGAAGAAAGAAAGCAGCCCUUCUGGACCGUAUGCUUACGAUAAGGACCAGUGGGUUAGCUUUGAUGAUGAGGAUUCUGUUUUGGAAAAAGGUGCGUUUGUAAAAAAAGAAGGACUUGGAGGUCUAAUGGCCUGGACUAUGGAUAUGGAUGAUUUCCACAACCAAUGCUGCAAAGGCCAAUAUCCGCUUCUACGUGCCAUGAACAAGGCAUUGGGCAGAAAGGUCGUUGAGGGUGUCACUGGGUGCACAAAGCCUCCGACACCUGUGACUCCACCUCCGGUAUCGACCACUUUGGAUCCUGAGGCUGGAUUAGUGACGACAACAGAACACAAUCAUGGACAUUUGACGACGACAACUCAGAAAACUACCACACCGCAAUGGUGGGUUCCUGAAACAACCACUAGUAAGAAGCCUUCUAAAAAACCAACAACUACUACUGUAAAAACAACAACAACAAGAGCUACUACAACUACAACUAGAACUACAACAAAGGAGCCUACAUCAACAACUACGACAGUUUUUGUUUCAUCAGAAAAAGAGCCGAGUACGACAGAGGAGAGCACAACAGAAUUGCCAACAACUUGUCAAUCAGGCGAAUAUAAGCCAAAUCCUGGGAACUGCAAUGUUUAUUACAGGUGUAUACUUGGAGAAUUUAGAAAGCAGCAUUGUGCCGGAGGUUUGCACUGGAAUAAUUUUGCUAAAGUCUGCGACUGGCCAAGUGAAGCUAAAUGUUCCGCAGAUUCAACUAAUGGGAAACCAAGUGAGACACCUACAACAACAACAACUACAACUGAAAAACAAUGGUCAACUCAACCUAUAACCAGUACUACUACAGAAUCAGGUACGUCUUCAACACAGAAAACCACUGAACAUGUCUGGUCGACUUCUCCAACCACGUCCACAACCACAGAAAGUUCAUGGAAGCCAUCUUCUUCUAAAAAGCCAUCUGUGACUACUGAACAGGAAAUGAGCCCGUGUGAAAAUGGGAGAUAUUACCCAGUACCCGGUGAUUGCUCGGCGUUCCAUAUGUGUGUCAACGGUUUAUUGGUGAAACAGUCAUGUGCCCCUGGUCUGAAUUUCAACCCUGAUUCAAAUAUCUGUGACUGGUCUUUUAACUUCAAAUGCUCAAAUACAAAAAAUAGCAUCACACUUAAAAGUGGAGAUAUGGGAUGUUCAAAGGGAAUGUUUUCCCCUCAUCCAAAUAGCUGCACAAAAUACCUACAAUGCCUCUGGGAUAAAUACGAAGUCCAUUCCUGUGCCCCUGGCCUUCAUUGGAAUCAAAAAAUGAAUAUUUGUGACUGGCCUGCCACUGCAAAAUGCAAAGGCGGAACGGACAGUGGCACCGAACCUGAGGACAAGCCGAACAAGUCGGAAUCGACAACAACAAUGAAGCCGUCAUCAUCCACUACUGAAUGGACUUGGAAGCCAGACCAACAGACCGAGUGGUCCUGGACAAGUACCACUACUGAGGAACCAUGGCCGGAAGUACCGUACGACCACCCUCUUUCUGGCUACUUCAAAGUUGUCUGCUAUUUCACAAAUUGGGCGUGGUAUAGGCAAGGAAAAGGAAAGUACGUGCCGGAAGACAUCGACUCUGAUCUCUGCACUCAUAUUGUCUAUGGAUUUGCCGUACUCGAUCAUGACAAACUGGUUAUAAAAGCGCACGAUUCUUGGGCUGAUUUUGACAACCACUUUUAUCAGAGGGUUGUCAGAUUCAAAAGGAAGGGGGUUAAAGUCUUACUGGCCCUGGGUGGAUGGAACGAUUCUCAAGGGGAUAAAUACAGUAGACUGGUCAACAAUCCAAAUGCAAGGGCUCGUUUCAUAUCGCAUGCUGUGCCUUUACUGCUUAAAUACAAAUUUGAUGGUUUGGAUCUUGAUUGGGAAUAUCCGAAAUGUUGGCAGACAAAUUGUGACAAAGGACCAGAUUCAGACAAGAAAGCAUUCGGCCAGUGGGUUCUGGAAAUAAAGAAAGAAUUCAGCAAGCACAAUCUGCUGUUGUCAGCAGCAGUUUCUCCGAGCAAGACUGUUAUUGAUGCAGGUUAUGAUGUAAAGGCAAUGGCUGAAGGAUUUGACUGGAUCUCUGUAAUGACCUAUGAUUAUCAUGGUCAAUGGGAUAAAAAAACAGGCCACGUAGCACCACUCUAUGAACAUCCUGAUGAUGACUUCUAUUACUUCAACGCUAACUACUCUCUCAACUACUGGAUUGAUGGAGGAGUACCAAGGAGGAAAUUGGUCAUGGGAAUGCCAAUGUACGGACAGAGCUUUACGCUUACCAAAGCGCAAGAACAUGGCUUGAAUGCUCCAGCUCCAAGACCAGGACAGGCGGGUGAAUUCACAAGGGCCGCCGGUUUCCUCGCAUAUUACGAAAUUUGUGAUAAAGUGAAAAAUCACGGUUGGACAGUUGUAAAAGAUCCGGAAGGAAGGAUGGGCCCGUACGCUUAUCGCGAUACUCAAUGGGUUGGCUUCGACGAUAAAGAAAUGAUAAAGAAAAAGUCCGAGCUUAUUCGGGAAAUGGACCUUGGCGGUGGAAUGAUCUGGGCCUUAGAUCUGGACGAUUUCAGAAACACCUGUGGAGAAGGAAAACAUCCACUUUUGACCACUAUUGCUGAAACGUUAAAAGAGCCAAGAACUGGGUCAGAGAGUACAAUGAAACCAAGGCCAAAACCAACUUCAAGUCCUACCACAGAACAAAUGGAAAAUACAAGACCUACAGAAAAACCAACAACUGAAAGUAGUAAACCAAGCAAGCCCACAAUGUCAACAAUGAAACCAGAAAUGGAAACUUCUAAAAAGCCCCCAGAAAUGGGAGUUGAUUCAACAGCAAGUGAAGUAACAAAGCCAUCUCUCCCAGGCCCAGAUGGACAAUUUAAAGUUGUAUGCUAUUUUACAAACUGGGCUUGGUAUAGACAUGGAACAGCCAAAUAUUUACCAAGUGACAUCGACUCUGAACUAUGCACACAUAUCGUUUAUGGAUUUGCUGUUUUAGAUGGCACUAAUUUAAAGAUUAAACCUCAUGAUUCUUGGGCCGAUAUCGAUAGCAAGUUCUAUGAAAAAGUGACAAAGUUUAAAAAGAAAGGUCUUAAGGUGACUGUUGCCAUCGGAGGCUGGAAUGACUCAUCAGGAGGAAAAUAUAGCAGGCUGGUAAAUAAUCCAAGCGCAAGGGCUAAAUUCAAUGAACACGUCGUCGAAUUCAUUCUCAAGUACAAUUUCGACGGGUUGGACCUAGACUGGGAGUAUCCCAAAUGCUGGCAGGUCGAUUGUAGCAAAGGGCCGGCAUCAGACAAGCAAGCUUUUGCAGACUGGGUCACCGAGCUGAGAGAAGCUUUUCAACCUCAUGGUCUGCUUCUCUCUGCUGCUGUAUCUCCAGCGAAAACAGUCAUUGAUAAUGGAUAUGAUGUUAAAGUAUUGUCAGAGAAACUUGACUGGAUUGCAGUAAUGGCUUACGACUACCACGGUCAGUGGGAUAAAAGAACUGGUCAUGUUGCACCAAUGUACUUACAUGAUGAUGAUGAGGAUGCAACAUUUAAUGCUAAUUUCUCAAUGUUCUACUGGAUGAACCAAGGAGCUGACCCGAAAAAACUCAUCAUGGGAAUGCCCAUGUAUGGACAGAGUUUUUCCCUGGCAGACAGCAGUAAGAAUGGAUUAAAUUCACCAACUUACGGAGGAGGCAAAGCAGGAGAAGGAACAAAAGCUAGGGGUUUCUUAUCUUAUUACGAGAUUUGCGAUAGAGUACAGAAAAAGGGUUGGCAGCUUGUUAAGGAUGAGUCAGGUGCUAUGGGUCCGUACGCCAUGAAUGGUGACCAGUGGGUGAGCUUUGACGAUGGACCGAGCAUCAAGCACAAGGCGGAAUUUGUAAAACGAAACAACUUUGGGGGUGCAAUGAUCUGGGCGCUGGACCUCGAUGACUUCCGCAAUACUUGUGGCUGUGAAGAGUACCCGCUACUCAGGACUAUCAACAGAGUCCUACGAGGCUACAAAGGCGAUAAACUCUGCACGUUACAAAAGGAUUUCUCUACUACUUCACAGUCAGAUACCCAGGAUGAAUUCAGAGGCGAGGAAAUUAACACUUGCCCUGAUAUCACAGGGGACAAAACAGACUGUACCAAAUUUUACACAUGUCAAUACGGCGUUCUUGUCCAACAGAAAUGCCCUCCUAACUUACACUUCAGCAAGACCAAUCUUAUCUGCGAUUGGCCUGAGAAUGCAGGCUGUUCGGUAAACGAGGAGGAAAUUCCGGAUGGAAAUGAGAGCAAAAAAGAGACUGUUCUGACCCCAAACGAACCAGAAGAAUCCACAGAAGAGUCACACUCUGUUGAAUCAGGAUACAAAGUGGUCUGUUACUUUACAAACUGGGCUUGGUACAGGCAGGGGGCUGGACAGUACACGCCUAAAGACAUAGACACUACCCUCUGCACACAUAUAGUAUACGCUUUCGCCGUUUUAGACCCUCAUACUCUUGAAAUCAAACCCCACGAUUCUUGGACAGACAUCAACAGCGAAUUUUACACUAAAGUUUCAUCUCUAGCAAAGAAAGGACUUAAAGUUCUGCUUGGGCUUGGUGGCUGGAACGAUUCACUCGAGGAUAAAUACAGUCGAUUAGUGAAUAGCAAAUCGGCUAGGGACAACUUUGUCAACAAAGUUGUCAAAUUUAUCGAAAAGUACAACUUCCAGGGUCUGGAUCUUGAUUGGGAAUACCCUAAAUGCUGGCAGGUCGAUUGCAACAAAGGGCCUGAAUCGGACAAAGAAGGGUUUUCUAAUUUAGUAAAGGAACUCAGUUCUGUUUUCAAACUGAAAGGCUGGCUCCUUUCUGCAGCAGUUUCCCCGAGCAAGACGGUCAUUAGCCAAGCUUACGAUGUGCCGGUGUUGGGUCAAUAUUUGGACUGGAUUUCACUCAUGGCCUAUGAUUAUCAUGGACACUGGGACAAUAAAACAGGCCAUGUCGCGCCCUUGUAUUACACAGAAACAGAUGAAUAUUACUAUUUUAACACCAAUUAUUCAGUUAACUAUUGGAUUGAACAUGGUACUCCAAAAGAGAAGCUUGUCUUAGGAAUGCCGCUCUAUGGUCAAAGUUUCACACUGUGUAAUUCAUCAGAUACAUCUCUGAACGCUCCGAUUUCAGGCCCUGGCCGUCAAGGGCAGUUCACAAGGGCUGCAGGAUUUCUCGCUUUCUACGAAAUUUGUGACUUGGUAAGUAGUGAAAACUGGGAAGUGGUGAGGAAUAAAGAUGGAGCGAUGGGUCCGAUCGCUUUCAAAGGGAACCAAUGGGUCAGCUACGAUGAUGUCGAAGAUAUAAGAAGAAAAUCAAAGUUUAUCAAAGAAAAUGGUCUUGGAGGCGGUAUGGUCUGGGCACUCGACUUGGACGACUUCAGGAACACCUGCAACUGCGGAACACACCCACUACUCUCGACAAUCAACACCGAGCUCAGAAACAGAAAGGGCAGGUUCAAUAACUGUACAUGAACAUUAAAUUUAUAAAUUUGCCGUGCCAUAAUUUGAUUUUUGUUAUAACUUUUGUUUAAAUGAAAAAUAUGUUUUCCUUAAUUACGUUUUAGGGUAUGUGCUUAUAAUAAAUUACAAGAUAGACUGAAUUUUUGAUAGUUUGUUUAGAAUUAUUUUUUUUCAAUUGAAAUAAGAGUGCCUAUUAUGUAAUGAUAACUUUAAAGGAUUAACAAAAAACAAAAAAAAAAUA